GGAAUAAUGAAGAAUUAAUAGUUCCGAAUUAACAGUGAUUGACAAGCCAUUUGAAUUUCACAAAUCGGAUACUAAAAAAUUUCUGGAAUUUUUGAUCGUUAAUAGUGAUAACGUGAUGAUUUUUGAAGAAAAUUAAAUUAAAUCAUCACCGAGGGUGAUUGUUUGGGAAUGAAUGACAAUGUGUAUUGCGUUCACCUGGUUAGAAGAGAAAAAUUAACUGAUGAUUUUAAAGAACUGGAAAUAUUUCAAGACCUUUUAAAGAUAUUGUUAUCUGCUGAUAGUGAUCGACCAUUAUCUUUGGGACGAGACAACCGCGCAAUAGAAGAACCGCAUCGAUCGACCAAGAUCCUAUUUCUAAACUCUCUUUCUAAAUUCACACUAUCGUGUAUUUUUUCCUAAUUGUGCGAAGUGCAAGAACCUCUUUGCAGAAUACCCUCGCUCGAGAAAUCUCUCUUUCACGCGGCUUGCCGCAUCGAUCGGAGUUUAAUUUCGUACUUAAUUCGAUAAACAUUGAUGGACUAUUUCGGUGCGAUCGGCAUUGCCUCGGAGUGCUUGCUCGAUUAAUCGAAUCGGAGAUCGGCUGGCGAGCAUUGUGCGCCAACAGCAUCCCUGGGGGGAUAUAUCGACAGUACUUGGAAAGAAAUCGACUGGAAGAGACAAGUUUCGCAAGCACGUGUCGGUUACUAACGAAUCGGCGCUACAUCAUGCCGGUGUUUAACAUUAUCACGCGAAGAUGUAAGGCUGAGGACCUCCUGGACGACAUUCUGUCGUUCGAGGCUGGUUCUUUGGGUGAUGGAUUGAAGGACGGCCAAGCCGGAAGUCUUACGAAUAUACCAGAGCUUCAAAUUAAACCGGAACCUCUCUUGCUCACCGAGGCAGAGAUCCAUGCCCUCGCGAAAGAUCGACAGAAAAAGGAUAACCACAAUAUGAUUGAACGACGGCGACGUUUCAACAUCAACGACAGGAUCAAGGAGCUCGGCACCCUUCUGCCCAAGACCAAUGACCCAUAUUACGAGAUCGUUAGAGACGUCAGACCGAACAAGGGUACGAUUCUCAAGUCGUCGGUGGAGUACAUAAAACUGUUGAAAAACGAACUCACGAGGAUGAAGCAGAAUGAGCUCAGGCACAAACAAUUGGAGCAUCAGAAUCGCAGAUUGCUUCUGCGCGUGCAGGAACUCGAACUGCAGGCAAAGGCGCACGGUCUUCCGGUUUCCGACUUCAACUGGGCGUCCACUUCCGCCAUGCUCAACACCUUCCCGAGGAGUAAACUCGAACAACGAAAGAUGCCGGAUCUGACGGUGACGGAAGAGGCGACGAGCCUAAGCAUGUCACACCUCGAAGACCUCAUGGAGGACGACACCAGCGGUCCCGUACACGGCGGCGACCCGAUGCUGUCGUCGCCGCACCUGCCACCAUUGAGCCCACCUGCGACCGGCUGUCACCAUGGUUUAACUGACGAGGACACCCUCGGCAGCCUGGCGGUGACCACAUCGAACUCCUCGUCCGACAUGGACAUCGUCGCGUAGUCGAAAACCACCGUCGUCCAUCAGCUUCGCGCGUGAUCGUAGUCGACUUUUGAAACUUGGUCGCGUUAGAUAUUUUCCGGUAGUCGCAGAGGUGAUCGAUUUAGGUUCGUGUGAAGUGGGAAGAGGAGAAAAGAAAUAGAGCAGGACACUUCCGUGAUGUGCGAAAUACGACUUAGAGGCAGCGAACUGUUGCGACGUCGUAGAUUCUCAUCGUGGAAGAGCGGAAAGAAAAUUUGCGCGGCACCAAUUGAAUUUUAUUGGAGUCACUGCAUUCUGAUGUGGAUUUAUCUAAAACUAGUCAUCGACUUGUGGUCGGGAAAGGAGGUCGGCAAAAGAAAUGAAGAAAAAUACAUAUGGGCCUGACGUUGCUUGCCGUGGAGAGGAUUAAAGGAGAUCGUUCUGAAUAUUGCGAUCGAUCCAUUAAACAAACGAUAACGCUUGAGGAGCAGUCAUUAUGUUAAUAUAAUGAAGUUUAGAGAAAGAAAUAUCGAUAAUCUUUUUGAAUUUCGACGACUUGGUCCAAUAUAAAUAAUUAUUAUAGACAAACUAGAAGACUGGAAACCACGGUUAAAAUGUUCCCAUGGGGAUAUCACAAUGGGGCGGCGCACUUUGAAUCACGAAUAUAAUCGUAGAAUUUUGCAGACCUGCCAUUAUCACAUCAGUGGUCCCCAUAAUUCAAGAAUAUAUCUAGCGAUUAUUGUUGCAAUAUUAUUCCUCUUGGUCAUCUAACAUAUUGUUAAUUGUUGGCCGGUUUGAACCAUGGGCAACGAGAGCGCUUUCGAAGACCAUUUCAAGCUAGAAAAUCAUCGAGAAGACCGUAAAGAAAAUUGCUGUGACAAAAAUGUGUCAAGUUCACGUUUCACGCUCUUGAAGAUCCAUAGUAUGAGAAGCUGAUGAAUGUUUCUCGGGUCGACAACAUGAGAACUAAAGAAGCGAUCGGACGUUUUCGGUCGGUCAGUCGAGCUGGCCGGCUUCGGGGUCUCUCUCGAAGUGGCGGUGAAAGUCGUCAUUGCCUGGCGACGGAGGAGUUCAGGGUCGUUCCAAUUGCGAAGAACGGAGGGCUCACUGUCACGAUUCUACAAACGGCUGGCCGUUACAUGGAUGGAAUGCGUGACAUCUUGCGUGCGUUGUAUGCUAUGUCAGUGCCACGAAGGACGCGCUCCUGUCGCGCUUGAGACAGGCCUAAAUGUUCGCGCGAGACGCUGUUCAUCAGCGAUGCACCUUGCGUCGUAUGACAAUUUCGAGAUAAUUGACGAAGAACGAGAGAUUGUCUUCUCGUAAAAAAAGUGCUAGCUAUAUAAUUCACUAUGAUAUUACUUAAUCGCCGAGAAAUCAUUUUCAUAGAUUGCGAGCGUGUUCGCGAGGUGUGUUCGAGAAGAUGAUCCGAUAUGAAAUAUUUUUAAUAAAAGAUUUCUCGUGA